UUGCUGGGCGUCCGUGGGCUUGUGUCCUGAGGCAGGAGACCCGCACAGCUCGCGCCCGCUACCCAGGAAGCCUGGAGAUGGACGUGAUCACAUUCAGUGACAUCAGCAUUGAUUUCUCUCUAGAGGAAUGGGAGUGUCUGGAUUCUGCUCAGCGGAACUUAUAUAGGGAUGUGAUGAUAGAAAACUACAGAAACCUCGUCUCCAUAGCUGUUUCUUCUCGUUAUACCCAAGACUUGUCAUCAAAGCAGAAAAUUAAGCAUUCACUUCCUAAAGGGAUAAGAAGUCAUGGAAGUUGUGAUUUUAAUAGUUUACAAUUACGGCAAGAAUCAGAAAGUAUGGGAGAAAGGGAAGGUCACAAAGCCUGUUUUGAUGGACAUAACCAAUAUGUGAUAACUAACAGUAGCCAAAAAAUCUCUGCCAAUAGAGAUCCAGAAGUGAAAACAUCUCAGAAAACCCCUCAAGUUACAUCAAUAACUUUUGAAGAUUCAUCUCUUUUGGUAAAUAAAUAUCUUCAGCAAUUUUUGUCAUAUACCUUUCCUAUGAAAGGAAAUUUGGAAGGUCUGCAAAGAGUCUUAGAUCAUGAUGCAGUUACUAGCUUAAACAAUUUAACAUCCAUCACUGGAGUAAACUUGCAUUCAAAUAUUUCCAUAGAUAGAUUGGAAAAUGAGGAACACAUUUCUAAAAGUGAUCAAUUGGAGAGUUCCUUUGAAAAAAAUUCACUACUCUACAAUCAAAAAACAAGUACUCUGUAUACUAAAAUAGACAGUUUUAAUGAAUUUGGGAGUAUCUUUUCUUAUCUAUUAUUGCUAAGUAAAAAUGCAGAUAAAGACACUUUGCAAGCAGAGUGCCUAUUUAAUGCAACUAGACAAGCCACUAGCCAGGCUUCUACAGUAAAUAACUACCAGGAUUUUCAUGCUGCUGAGAAAAAUAAUGAAUGCACUGACACACAAAAGACCUUUAACCAUGGCUCAAAUUCUGAUAAACAUCACUGUAGUCCAGAGAACCUUUACAAAGGAAGUAAAUGUGGGAAAGUCUUUCGUCAGUGCUCAAAAAGUAUUCAUGGCACUCCCAGUGUUGACAAGGCUUAUGAAUGUAAAGAAUGUGGCCAGACUUUUAGUCAAAGUUCAAGCCUUAUUCGACACCAGAAAAUUCACAGUGGAGAGAAACCCUACAAAUGUAAAGAAUGUGGCAAGGCCUUUAACAAUAAUUCAUCUCUUACUCGACACCAGAAAAUUCAUACUGGAGAGAAGCCCUUUGCAUGUAAUGAGUGUGGUAAAACCUUUUUUGAUGCUUCAAAACUUACUAGACACCAGCAAAUUCAUAGUGGAGAGAAACCCUUUCCUUGUAAAGAAUGUGGCAAGGCCUUUAACAAUUAUUCAUAUCUGACUGUACACCAGAAAAUUCAUACUGGAGAGAAACCCUUUGCAUGUAAAGAGUGUGGUAAAAGCUUUUUUACUACUACAAAACUUACUCGACACCAGCAAAUUCAUAGUGGAGAGAAACCUUACAAAUGUAAAGAAUGUGGCAAGGCCUUUAACAAUUACUCGUACCUUACUGUACACCAGAAAAUUCAUAGUGAAGAGAAGCCUUACAAAUGUAAUGAAUGCGGCAUGGCCUUUUACAGAAAGUCAAUCCUCACUCGACAUGAGUAUCUUCAUACUGGAAAGAAACCCUUUGUGUGUAAAGACUGUGGUAAAGCCUUUGCUAUUAUUUCAAACCUUACCGAACACCAGAAAAUUCAUACUGGGGAGAAACCCUUCCAAUGUAAAGAAUGUGGCAAGGCCUUUAAGAGUUAUUCAUACCUUACUAUACACCAUAAAAUUCAUCGUGGAGAGAAAUCCUUUCAAUGUAAAGAAUGUGGUAAAAGCUUUUAUACUGCAGCAAAAUGUACUCAACACCAGAAAAUUCACAGUGUAGAAAAGCCCUAUAAAUGUAAUGAAUGUGGCAAAACCUUUAAGACUUACUCAUAUCUUACUCUACACCAGAAAAUUCAUAACAAAGAGAAACCGUUCAAAUGUAAAGAGUGCAAUAAAACCUUUGUUACUGUUUCAAUACUUCAUCGACACCAGAAAAUACAUACUGGAGAAAACCACUUUGAAUGUAAAGAGUGUGGCAAGGCUUUUAAGAGUUAUCGAUACCUUACUCAACAUCAGAAAAUUCAUAGUGGAGAGAAGCCCUACAAAUGUAAAGAGUGUGGUAAAACUUUUGUCACUAUUUCAAUACUUCAUCGACACCAGAAAAUACACACUGGGGAAAAGCCCUAUGAAUGUAAAGAGUGUGGUAAAACCUUUCUUAUUAUUUCAAACCUUACUCGACACCAAUCUAUUCAUCGUGGAGAAAAGCCCUACCAAUGCAAAGUGUGUGGCAAAGCCUUUAACCAGAGUUCAAUCCUUAGUCAACAUCACACAGUUCAUACUACAGAGAAGCCAUAUAAAUGUAAAGAAUGUGACAGAGCCUUUAAAACUACUGUAUCCCUGAAACGACAUCUGAGAACUCACACUGGAGAGAGACCCUAUCAGUGUAAACGAUGUGGCAAAACCUUCAAGAUGAAUGCACACCUCCGACGGCAUUACAUGAUUCAUACUAGAGAGAAGCCCUACAAAUGCGAUGGUAGUAGCCAAGCUUUUAAAGCUCACUCCUUACUGGACACCAAAGCACUGAUAAUGGGGAAUGUGGCAAAUUCUGUAGCAAGUGUUCCACCCUUACAUAACUUACACCGGAAGGAAGCACUACAAGUGUAGACUGUGGUAAAAUCUUUAGUAUGGUUUAAAACCUUGCUCAAUAGCAAAAUACUCAUACUGGAGAGAAUAUCCAUAAACAUAGUGUGUGUAAAAACCUUUAACAAUGGUUUAAUCCUGAAUUGGUAUCACAUGAUUUAUACUGGAGUAAAGCCCUAAAAAUGUAAAGAAUAUGUUAAAGCCACUGGAGGCUGUUACAACCUUACUGAUUUCCAGAGAGUUCAUACUGUAAAGAGAACCUACCAGUGUAAAGAAUGUGGCCAAGCUGGUCAUGGUGGUGCAUGCCUUUAAUCCCAGCACUCGGGAGGCAGAGGUAGGAGAAUUGCAGUGAGUUUGAGGCCACCCUGAGACUACGCAGUGAAUUCCAGGUCAGCCUGAGCUACAGUGAAAACCUACCUCGAAACCCUGCCCCCCAAAAAAGAAUGUGGCCAAGCCUUUUCACAUGUGGUCAGUCCUUAUGUGGUAUACCAUCGAACUAAUAUUAGAGAGAAAUUCAAUGUGGCAGUUUGAAUUGGGUGUCCACCAGAAACUCAUGUGUUCUUAAUGCUUGAUUCCUAGCUCAUGGCAAUUUGGGAGGUGGAGCCUUGCUGGAGAGGUGUGUGGCUGGGACUGGAUCUUAAUUGUUUAUUAUCCCCUAGCUUGUCAGUGGGUGUUUCUACCAGCAAUGAGAAGGUAACAACGGAAAAUUGGCACCAAAAGAGUGGGAUCAUUGCAGCAAAAAAUGUUACUGUGGCUUUUGCCUUUUUGGAACUUAUUUUUAGAAGUCAUGUGGAAGAAUUUGAAACCUUGGUCUACAAGAUGCCUUGUGGUGCUCUAACAGAGAUUGAUGGACUGUCCUAGUGAGAGCUGAAAGACCUAAAUACAGUAAAAAACUAUGGGCUUUUACAGACUUUAUCUUAUGAGGGGAUAAAGAGCUUUAUCUGGACUGGGCUAAAGGAAGUAUGUGUGAUAGGCUUGCUGCAUUUUGCCUGUGUCCUGAGAACUUGUACAGGGUUGUGUUGUGUAGAAAUCGGCUGGUUUGAGCAGAAGGAUAUAACACAGGAAAAUGAGAGUUUCAGGCUGGAGACAACAGUCAUUCAACUGUAAUUAUUUCAGUGAUUACAACCAUUGAGAUUGGGACAGCUGUUCUGUUUUGGACAACAGAAAGAAUGUUGAUUCUUUUCAAAGUAGGGGCCCACAUCCUGAAGGAGUGUCCUGUUCUUCAAAGUUGGCCUUAUUCCCCUCUUUAUUAAAAGACUUUGUAGCUCUCCUGGUACUGUGGGCUGUAACAUAUGCAGGAAAGAGGGUUAUUGGAAUUGUAGCAUGGGUUUGUUUUUUGGAAAUGGCCAUUGACAGUCAGAUAGGCAGGCUUGUUGGAAGUUCUUGCAUGGAAGUCUCAAGGAGCCAUGAGGAUUAUAUUAGUCAGGAUUCUCUAUAGGAACAGACCACUAGAAUGAAUUAUAUUAAAAGGGGAAUUUAUUGGAUCAGCUUAUGGUAGUCCAAUAGCAGUUACAGGUCUGAGAAUCAAGGAACGGUAGCUGCUCAGUCCACGUGGCUAGAUGCUUUAUCUGUCCCAAUCCAGCACUGAAGACCUGUAGGCUUCCUAAGGAGCCACUGGCCUUCAGUCCACUUGGGUCUUCAGUUGAUGCUGGUCUUUAGUCUGCUGGAAGGCAGCAAGCAGCUCUGGUAGCCAAGUGGAAGGAAGAGGGCUUCUUUUUACCCAGAGCUUCCUUAUAAAAAGUUCCCAUAUGAGAGGGGCUGCCCACUAUGGAGGAAUAGCUCACUCUGAGGGACUUCCUUCUUCAGUUAAUCUUUCCUGGAAGCAACCUCGGAUACCCACCCAAAAAAGAUUUCUGUGGAUUACUAAACAGAUCAAGUUGACAACACCUUAACCAUCACAAGAAUAAACCAUGAGUUGCAUUGGAGAUCUCAGCCAGGACUAUGUGAUGGCUACCAAGGCAAACUGCUGGCUUGGCAUUCAUUGUUCCUCAUGCUGUAAGCAGUCCAGCUUGAGGGGCAGAAUUGGAACUCCAGAGACUUCAUCACUGAUCAGGGAUACUGGGCUUGGAGCUAUAGGGUUUGAUGUUUGCCCCAUUUGUUUUAGAUUCUGUGUUGGUUUAGUCUCUCCUUCCAUGGCCAAUGCUGCCUUUUACACUUUGACUGUUUACUCUUCACCACAUUAUCUAUUUCUGGCUUUACAACUCAAUUAAGAGACUUUGGAUGUUGGGGAUGAUUGAGUGGUAUUGGGACUGAAAAAUUUAGGGGCCUUUUAAAGUUGGACUGAAUGCACUGCAUUUUAGAUCAUGGAUGGUCAUCAGUUGAUGGGGGCCAGGGGCAAAAUGUGGUGGUUUGAGUAAUGUGCCCCCUUUAAACUCAUGUCUUCUGAAUGUUUGAUUCCCAACUGAUGGAAACUUGGUGGGGUGGAGUCUGGAGGAAGUGUGUUGGAAGCAGACUUAGGGAUGUUAUGGCUAGCUCUCAUUGGGUAGAACUCCACUCAUUUCCUGAGGCUGUUUUCCAUCUGAUGGCAAAGAGAUGAUGUUCAGCCUCUGCUCUUGCCAUCUUUUCCCAUUACAUCAUGGAGUUUCCCCUUGGGACUGUAAGCUAAAAUAUAUAACUUUCCUCCCAUCAGCUGCUUUUGGUCAGGUGCUUUAUCCCAGCAACAAAAGGUAGCUACAAUACCUAUGAGAGACCCAAUGAAUGUAAAGAGUGUGGCCAAAUCUUUAGUAGGAGUUCAAACCUCAUACAAGAGAGAAGUUGUACAAAUGUAAUGAUUAUAGCCAUGAUUUUAAUUAAAGCUGAAGUGAAAGACAA